AUGCCCAAAAGUAAUCGGCCAGCGACCUCGGGGUACGCCCGCUUGGCUCAAGAGGAGGAAGAUAGAGCCAAUGACUUGUACGAUUAUUCCGACGAUGACGACCUACACGCCCCCAGCACGAUUUCCCAAUCCGCCCCCCGAUAUGCUCCCAUCUCCUCCCGAGCCCAGAUGCAGGCCGCCGGCCUGUCCACACCCCCCGAACACCGUCGACGGCUGAGUGGCCACUAUCGCCGAGGACGGAGGAAUUCUGGGGUCGACAUCAAGGCCAUCAAUGCCCGCCUCGAACGAUGGGCGGAGGAGAUCGCCUCCAAGUUUAAGAUCAACCGUGUUAAGGGCAAGACCUUCGAGGAGGAGAAGCUCGAGAUCUAUCACUCUGUCUUCCAGGCUCCCGACGGAGUUCGGCCCAUCUCUGCGGAAGCCCUUGAGUCGGAUGAGAUCGAGGGGGCUGCGCGCAGAGCCCGGGACGAGUUCGAGGAAAUUGUGGAGAGUGUCCGGAUAGCCAUUGAGAUGGGUGUCCAUCCGAGGAUGAUCUCUCAGGGAAGUUCUGGUAGUUACUUUGCACGCAAUGCCGAGGGUAAAGUUGUGGGAGUAUUCAAGCCCAAGGAUGAGGAACCAUAUGCAUCCCGCAACCCGAAGUGGACCAAAUGGAUCCACCGAAACUUGUUCCCCUGCUUCUUUGGCCGGGCAUGCCUGAUUCCUAACCUGUCGUAUGUCUCGGAAGCUGCGGCGUACGUUCUCGACUCGCGUCUUCACACGAACCUCGUCCCCUACACCGACAUUGUUUGGCUGUCUUCGAAAUCCUUCUUCUACGAUUUCUGGGACCGCAGGAAGGCUUGGAUGGGCAAGAGGCCGCUUCCUCCAAAAGCAGGCAGUUUCCAGGUCUUUUUGAAGGGCUACAAGGAUGCGAACCUCUUCCUGCGAGACCACCCUUGGCCAGAUCAGACUAACACUGGUUUCCGAGCGGAGGAUGCCCCGAAGCGCAAGAAGCGGCCGUGGAGUGAAGCUUGCCGCCCCUCCGGCGUCCAUUCCGAUGACGAGGACGAAGAAGAAUAUGAAGACGGUCAGGCGCGCACGCCAUCCCCCCGCGAGGAAAGCCGAGAACGGCGGUUCUACUGGACGGAAGGCUUGAAGCAAUCGUUCCGGGAAGAACUGGAGAAACUUGUGAUUCUCGACUAUAUCAUGCGGAACACAGAUCGUGGAUUGGAUAACUGGAUGAUCAAGAUCGAUUGGAAGACUGAAGAGGUUUCCAUUGUCGCUGACCCGCCCAAGCCCAAUGGAGUUCAAACAGAAGAGGAUGAUGAAGACAUGCCGCCUGCUCGUCCCGUUUCUGUCAACUCCAACGGGACGAGUGCAGCUCAGCAUCCUUAUCGGCGACGUGAAGCAAUGGUAGCCGUUAGUCGUACUGGGACCCCAUUGAACGCAACCGACCCCCAGGUGACCGUUCAGAUCGGAGCCAUUGACAACAGCUUGUCUUGGCCGUGGAAGCAUCCUGAUGCCUGGCGAAGCUUCCCGUUCGGCUGGCUGUUCCUGCCUGUUUCUUUGAUCGGCCAGCCGUUCUCGCAGAAAACUCGCGACCAUUUUCUGCCCCUUCUUACCUCGACGGCCUGGUGGAGCGGGACUCAAAUGGCCCUCCGGCGGGUAUUUUCGCAGGAUUCCGAUUUCAAAGAGAGCAUGUUUGCUCGACAGAUUGCAGUCAUGAAGGGACAAGCCUGGAACGUAGUGGAAACGCUGAAGCACCCCGAUCAUGGUCCGCUGGAGUUGACACGGCGGACGCGUGUGUGCGUCUGGGAUGACUUAGUGGAUGUUCCAGUCGCGAUCCCCCUCCGCGGGCCGUCCACUGAUGCGCAGAAACGGAAGGUGAAGAGCUAUGAACAUUACGAUAAACACGCCAGCUACGAUCCCGACAACGAGGAGAUGGACAUUGGCGCCGCCAUGUCCUUUGGUACUGGCCCUGACGUCGACCUGCUGGGGUUGAGUUCUCCUCCAAAUGAGCUACCUAAUCCGAACCGAUUCGAGCUCUCCCGCGGGCGCGGGUCCAGCUCGGGACAUGCCCGGGCCCAAUCCGGCAGCCCUGCUACGACGGGCGACUACCGAUUUGGGCGCGACAGCAUUGACGAGCUGAGCCAGGGACGAGGCCUGGACCGAAGCUGGGCCACACUCCCUCCCCGCCCGGGCCACCGGCACCAGAAGCACAGCUCGGUGUCCAGUGCGCGCGGGCAGGCGCAUUUGAUCUGGAGUAGCGACGACCUGGAAGGCGACCUGGGAUAUGCCGCCGCAGAGGGAAUGGAAGGCAACCAGCGCAAGGUGAUUGUCGAGCGACUAGAAGCAGUUAAGAGCAAGAACCCGCUUCAACAGCAGCAGCAGAAAAACAAUGGUAACUCCCCGGAUCCCACUCGUACCCCAUCGGAUCGCUGGAGCGAUGGACCCAGUGACCAUCACCAAGAGGACCAUCACCACAACCGUCAAUACUCCUUGCCUGCCUCGCUGCGUUGCCCCUCCCCUCCAGAUGACCCCAUCGACUUAGACACCAACGAAAACUCACUUUCUCUUCUAGUAGGAACAAGCGCCCAACAGGAUCCGUCGUCCUCGCCUCAGCGCACUGUCGUUGCGCCGCCCGCGGGAACCGCCUCCGCAGCGCAGCGGCUUCUAAGUCCCCGGCGCCGUCAGCCGUCGCAACGGGCGAGCCCCAGGUCAAAGUCCAGAUCGCAGUCACUAUCUACGAGGUCGCCGAGUACCCGCGAUACGGGGAGUUCGUCGCCGCAGCAGCAGGAGGCGAGUUUGGAACCCUCGCUGGAUGUGGAGUUUGCUAGUGCUCAGUUCGAAGAGCGGACGGACGGGAAACGGUCUUCGGAACAGAUGGAUGAAACGCGCCACGGGAAUUUAAUUGAGAAUAUGUACGGGGUGGAGGGGCGUUCGAGCCAGCUAUAUAAGAGGGUCAAAGUAGAAGAGAAUGGGCCAGGGUCUGUGAACCACAAGUUCACAGGCGUGGGAAAUACGGGCUUGGGCAAUUGGAUGAAGGAUGGUCGUUCAAAUUCGAAUUCCCCGGCCGUGCUGCCUGAUAUCGUUGACUUGACUACUGAUGCGUCAGGCCCAGCGACUGAUGACGACGAUGUGCAGGUCACCGGCUCAAAUGACCUCAGUCUUCAGCGGGUCUGCUAUGGGAAGAUUGAGAAUGCUAUGAUUCAGGCGCAGUUGGUUCCUAAGCCUUCGUCACAGACUAUCUUUGGCGACUCCACGCAUGACUGGCCUUCCAUGAAGCUAGGCGUGCAUCGACAACCGGGCCAGAACAACCGGAUCGAAGUGUCAGACCCCAACGGAAAGAUAUUCGGGACGGUUGAUGCGAAAACAGCGUCGGUCGUCGUUCCGCUCCUCGAUUCGCCGGCUCUGAAGGUAAAUAUCACCGCCCGUUUGGACGUCCGGAGGAGAAAGGACGACGAGUGGCCCUGGGCGCCUUGCUCAUAUGCAUACCGAGCCUCCGUCAAUCUGUAUGGUCUGAGGAAGGAUGCGGAGCUUGUGGGGAAACAUCUGGGUCAGCAUAAUGUCUGGCUGGGGACGCCAUUUUCGGUAGAACAGGGCGUUCCUGUGCACAAUCCACAUGCAGAGAGGCGACGGGCUCAAGCGGCGAUGCUGCCUGCGGCAGCUGCGAGGGGCCGGGUGGGAGUCAACUAUGAAGUGCGAACAGCCGAAGAAGUAAACGACGCCGUGAUGAAAAUGUUCGAUCAGCUGCAGAGCGCCGACAAUUUGCCCGAAAUGGACACUCCGUCUUCUUUGAACAAGCCGUUGCUUCGGCAUCAGAAGCAGGCACUUUGGUUCAUGACAGAGAAGGAAAAGCCACGCAGGUUUGGGCCCAAGGAGGCGGACAAUAACUCGCUCUGGCGGGUGGUUUAUCGCCAGAAUGGCAAGAGGCGGUACCGUGAAAUCAUCAGCGGGAUGGUGCUAGAUGAAGAGCCUCCACAGAGUCUGGGAGGACUGCUGGCGGACAUGAUGGGGCUGGGUAAGACCCUGAGCAUUCUCUCCCUAGUUCUGUCUUCCCUGGAGGAGGCCAACCAGUGGGCGGAUCUGAUCCCAGAUCCCGAGCUUGUCCGCAGCUUGCCGGGCAUCCGCAAUACCAAGACGACGCUGCUGGUGGCACCUCUCAGCGCUGUCAACAACUGGUCCAAUCAGAUCAAGGAGCAUCUGAAGGAAAAUGCGCUUUCGUCCUAUGUUUUUCAUGGACCGACCCGGACCAAUGACGUGGAAGAAUUGUCCAAAUAUGACCUUGUGAUCACCACGUACAGCAUCGUCCUUAGUGAGCUGUCUGGACGAGGAGCAAAGCGGGGCGUCAGCCCUUUGACCAAGAUGAACAUGUUCCGCAUUGUGUUGGAUGAAGCGCACACGAUCCGCGAACAGAGUGCAGCGCAGACUCAGGCCAUCUUUAAGCUCAAUUCCCAGCGGCGAUGGUCCGUGACCGGAACGCCCAUCCAGAAUCGCCUCGAAGAUCUCCUCUCGGUCACCAAGUUCCUGGGGCUCUUCCCUUAUGACGACCGAGGGCGGUUCGGAAUACACAUCCUCAGUCGGUUCAAAACGGGCGAUGCAUCAGUGCUGGCCAGCUUGCGGGUGCUGGUAGAUUCGUUCACGCUCCGCCGGGUAAAGGACAAGAUUGAUCUUCCGGCACGGCACGAUAAGAUUAUUGUGCUCAACUUUACGGAGAAGGAACAACAGCUGCACGAGUUCUUCCGCAAGGAGUCCAACGUCAUGAUGCGGGUGAUUGCCGGUGAAGAGCAGUCCAAGAUGAAAGGUCGCAUGUACCACCACAUCCUCAAGGCGAUGAUGAUCCUCCGACAGAUCAGCGCGCACGGCAAAGAACUGCUCGAGCCAGACGACCGCAAGCGCAUCAAGGGCAUGAGCGUGCACGACGCCAUCGAUCUCGAAGAAGGCGCAGGCGACGCUGCUGGAGCCACCGACAAAAAGGCUUACGAAAUGUUUACACUCAUGCAGGAGACUUCCGCAGACACAUGCGCUGUAUGCGGGAAGCGCUUGGAGGAGCCAAGCUCCGAUAAUGGCCCACCCGACAGGCAAACAGCCAUGGCGAUUCUGCUGCCGUGCUUCGAUGUCCUGUGUCCAGACUGUUUCUCGGGGUGGAAACACGCUUUCGACCGUCCGGUAGGCUCGGCGCACGAUAUCAAAUGUCAGGUGUGUGAUGGCUGGAUGCCAGCCUCGUAUUCCACGAUCACGGUAGGUGGACUGCAGGACUACAUGGUGGAUCAGGCGCAAGCCAAACAGAGCCGACGACACGGCAAGACUCUAGGGGAGUACGAGGGACCACACACGAAGACCAAGGCGCUGGUGGCGCAGCUCCUGGAAACAGCCGAGGAGAGUAAGAGCCAGGGGCCUGGGGAACGGCCGAUCAAAAGCGUGGUGUUCUCGGCGUGGACGUCGCACCUGGACUUAAUCGAGAUUGCGCUGCGCGACAACGACAUCAACGGGUUCACACGGCUCGAUGGGACGAUGAGUCUGGCAGCGCGAAGCAAGGCGCUGGAGGAGUUUCACAGUAACCCGGACAUCACGGUGCUCCUGGCGACGAUCGGAGCCGGCGGCGUGGGUCUGAACUUGACAGCGGCGUCCAAGGUGUAUAUAAUGGAGCCGCAGUACAAUCCGGCGGCAGUGGCGCAGGCCGUGGACCGCGUACAUCGCAUCGGGCAGACGCGCGAAGUGACGACAGUACAGUUCUUGAUGAAGAGCAGUAUCGAGGAGAAGAUCUUCGAGCUAGCCAAGAAGAAGCAGCAACUGGCGGAUCUGAGCUUGAACAGGGGGAAGCUGGACAAGAAGGAGGUGCAGGAGCAUCGCAUGCGCGAAUACCGGAGUUUAUUCAAGUGA